AGAGACGGGCAGGCACCUCUCCGGGAGCGGGCACGGCAGCGGGGCGCCACGGGACUCGGGCCACGCCGUCAGUCGCACGAGCAGCAUAUCAGAGACCACCGAGACCAACAGGACCAGCGGCGGCGCAUUAUAGACACGGAGCGGUGAACACAACGCAACAAAGAUGCUGAUGACCUGUCUGCUGGUGGCGGCCGGCCUGGCGGCGACCGUCGAGGCGCAGUUCCAGUACUGCCGAUUCACACCCAAACACACUCUAUGCCAGCACCGGGGACCCGGUCCGCGCUGUGACCAGAUGCAGGCGCGGGGUGUCACCGCCCGAGAGGCCAAAUACAUCGUGGCCGAGCACAACGAGCUGCGUGACAAGGUGGCCAGCGGGCGCGAGACGCGUGGCAGCAUCUACAGCCAGCCACAGGCGGCCAACAUGAGGCAGCUGGAGUGGGACGAGGAGUUGGCGAAGGUGGCGCAGCGGCACGCCGAGCAGUGCGUCUUCAAGCACGACUGCCGCGACUGCAAGCGAGUCGCGCGGUUCAAGGUGGGCCAGAACCUCUACAGUUCGUCGAGCACGCGUCUGGACAACUUUUCCGAGUGGCGGCGCGCCAUCUACGCCUGGUACGAUGAGGUGGCCCUCUUCAAUCCGGAGCACAUCGAACCCUUCGUGUUCUCCUCUCCACUGGGCCACUACACGCAGCUGGCGUGGGCCACGUCCAGUCGCAUCGGCUGCGGCUACGCCCUGUACAAGGAGGGACCCUGGUGGACCAAGCUGUACGUGUGCAACUACGGUUCGGCGGGCAACUUCCAGCGGGGCCAGAUGUACGAGCGGGGCACGCCGUGCAGCCAGUGCCCCAGCGGCACCUCCUGCUCCAGACAGUACCCGGCUCUCUGCAGUGACGGCAGCGGCGGGUCGCCGAUCGUCUCCACCAAGCAGCCGGCGCUCCCGGCCACACCGGCCGUCGACCUGUCUUCUCUGCCCAACGCCGACGGUCGCAGCCUCUUCAGCUGCGACCUGGACCACGAGGGGUGCCGGGUCAAAUUCAUCGGCACCACCUGGAAGGUCAUCAACACAGACUCGGCACAAGGUCGGAUCCUGGGCACGGCCGUCACCUCCGGUCGCACCACCGAGCUGACGUUCCAGAGCCUCGUGCUGCCGCCGCGCGAGGGCUCGCUCUGCCUGCACUACUCGUUCCUCAAGUACGAGCUGCGCGGCAGCGCUGCCGUCGAGCUGGUGUUCACACUGGAGCCGAUGGUGAAGUCCGGCCACCGGCCCAUCGAGCACGUGGAGCGGUCGCACGCGCGCGGCGCCAUGACGCGGCGCUCCGUGCAGCUGGACCACGUCACCGAGCCGUUCCGGCUGCGGGUGUCGGCCUCGGUGCCGGCCUGGGCGUUCGGCCAGGCCACAGUCGUGGCCGUGGACGAUGUGCGCCUGGUGGCCGGUCCGUGCUGAUCGCCGCACCGCCGCGCCGCUCAUCGACAAAAGACACACCGUCCCCGGGCCGCCGCCGCGACCGGCCACCUCAGGAAACCGCGCCUUGUUGGGUUUGAUGUUGACGCGCCUUGUUAUGCUGCCGAGUGGUUUUACGCGUAAUUACGGCGAUGUGUACAGAGCUGCUCGUAUUUGUCAUUUACGAGCAGCUCUGUACACAUCGUUUACCCCUCUCAUGUAAUGUCAUUUACCCCUCUCAUGUUGGUCGUUGUACAUAUUUUUACCAUGUCCAUUAAAAUGUACAUAGGCAGGGUAUAAAAGGACCCGAAAUACGGAUUAAGGGGUACAUAAGGUUUUUCUGCAUCAAGGGCAGCGAAUUUCUUCCAAGCAACACAACACAUUGUGUGUUAUCUGCUCAGCUUGGCAAGAGAUACGCUGUCCCAAAUAUGUAAAUAACUGCAGAUCUCAGGUCCAAGGCGCUGGCGCUGGCCCUAAUAUCGAACUGUGUGCCGAAAUCAGCUCCGGCCGCAUCUUGCUGGCUUUGCGAGCGGUCUCUUCUGCUUUGCAAGAGCAGGUUUAUGAGCCAGAGACCGAAUGCGAGGUCAACUCGAUGCCGUGCCUCCUGGUACACACGCGUUCCCGAUCCCUGAUUUUCGGGGCCAUUCUGCGUUUUUGUUGGAUGCUGCACCUACCGACAAUUCGUCGCUUCCCUGAGCCCAUUAUCAACUGUAUUGUUGGCCCCGUGCAUAUGUAUUCACUAUUUAACCGGUUUGCUGUUCGGUGUGAGGAUGCGCGGGUGUUCAGUUUUUGAUGAACCACCCCGGCCGUCUGGUGCCGCCGUGUACGGAGCCCUGCCCAGGUGUCCCUGUCCCGAGACUCGGUCCCUGUUUCCGUCCUGUCUCCACUGUGUUUUGGAGUGGGAGAGCCCAGCCGAGAGUGUCGGCCGCUCAGUGCAGGCGCAGGCCGCCUGCCGCGUCUCUGGGGCAGGACCCCGUGCGACGCCAUAUUAUUGCAAUACAAUCGUAUCGAUAUA